AGAGAAGCUGAUGAAAGGCACUUGAGGGACCUGUGGGGCUUUGGAGGAGGUGGGAGCCUCAAAUCCAAUCCCACCCAGCAGUUUUGCAUAAAUAAAUAAAUCAUCGGCAGAGAAAGGGAGUGCAGAUGAGGUUGCAUUGGGAAGCCGUGCAGCCAGCAUAUCUGAGACAGAGAGAGAGGAGAGGAGAGAAGAGAAGAGAGAGAGAGAGUGUGUAUGUGUGUCAUAUUACAGAGAAGUCAGGAACAGCCACAGUACAACUCCCAAUCAUUUGAGAAUUACCUCUCUCUAAUGGGGACCUCCAUGCACAAUCUGUUGCCUGCUCUGCUAAGGAACUGAAAACUUAUCAAACAAAGAGGGAGGGAGGAACAACAGAGACAACAAACAAGGCUGAAAGACAAACAACAACAACAACAACAGCCCUGAUCAGAUUGUUUCCCCUCCCCUCUCAAAAAACUCCAAAACUUUUCUGGAGUUUGAUUUUUCCCCUCGGAAGGGGAAAAUUCUUUUCCCUUCACCUCCUUUUGAUCCCUAUACAUUUUUGUUUGGUUUUGUUAGCUGUCCUUUUUUUUUUUUCCUUCCUUCAGUGGCAUUUGGGAUUCCCUUGGACGGUGCUCUUUUCAUGCAUUCUGGAUUGUACUUCUGAGAGGAAGAUUGCAGCUUUAUUUAUACUAUAUUUAUUUAUUUAUUGCCUCUCAGGCCAGGGAAGGAAUGGUGGUGGAGGAGAAGGGCUGGAAGGGGGCUGCUCCUGGUGUCUUGGAGAGCGGCUGCCUCGCACAUCCCAGGACAGGAGAUGGGGAAAGAUGCUGUAAGAUACCUCUUCUGCUGAGCUCUGGGCUGCCUGGAGUAUCUUUACUUUCUUUGGUGCUGAGCCUCCUGCUGUACUUCAGGACGUCGGACCUGCAAUCCAGGGUUUCAGAUUUGGAGGCAGACAGAUCCACUCCGCUGCCUGCCUGCCUCUCCGCAGACCAAAUGGAGACAGCUAUUUUGGGAAGAGUUGACCAACUGCUUGCUGAGAGAUUACAGUUCAACAUGCCAAGACUUCGGGAAGCUAGAGACAUCCACCAGCGAUGCAACUGUCCAGCAGGCCCCCCUGGUCCUUCAGGAAGACCUGGGCUUCCGGGAGACAAAGGCGCCAUGGGGAUCCGUGGACUACCGGGACUAAAAGGGCAACCUGGAGAGAAGGGAGCCCCAGGAGAAGCCGGCAUAUCCAUCAUUGGUCCCCGUGGCCCACCAGGACAGCCUGGAACAAGAGGUUUUCCUGGGUUUCCGGGUCAAAUUGGUUUAGACGGCAAACCAGGGCAACCUGGACAGAAGGGAGAAGUGGGCCCAGCUGGUCCCAAAGGACAACCAGGAACCGCUGGACAAAAAGGAGAAAAGGGUCAAUGUGGAGAUUAUCCACACAGGGAAUACCUAAGCACCACACUUGCAGCCCUGCGUUCUAAUCAGAUCCUUACACUGAAGCUGUUGCCUCUUCUCAAUUCAGUGCGGCUGGCUCCACCCCCAGUCAUAAAGAGACGCACCUUCCAGGGUGAACAAGGACAGGCAGGAAUCCAAGGGCCUCCAGGGCCACCUGGGCCACCAGGCCUCCCAGGGACUCCAGGACAACCUGGACCAACUGGACCAGCUGGAAAAGCAGGAGAACCAGGGAAGCCCGGCAAGGAUGGAAAGGGCUUGCCAGGACCUCCUGGACCAAAGGGGGACGCUGGAAUUCAGGGGUACCAUGGAAGAAAGGGUGAGGUGGGUGAGGCUGGCUUACCUGGCACCCCUGGCCUUCCUGGUCCUUCUGGCCCAAAGGGUGAAAAGGGGGAGCCUAGCAUGAAGGGGGAGAGGGGCAUGCCAGGGCUACCAGGAAAACAAGGAGUUCAGGGGGAUCCUGGAAUUGCGGUGGCAGGCAUGAAGGGUGAGCCAGGGAUUCCAGGAGCAAAGGGUGAACGUGGAGUUGCAGGGAAGAUGGGCCCCCCAGGUUUGCCAGGGAAAAGGGGGCAGAGGGGCGAGAAAGGAAAACCUGGUGAUCCGGGACCUCCUGGAACCAUAGGGCAAAAGGGAGAUAAGGGAGAUUCUGACAAUGCACUUGGAGGAGGUAAAGGGGAACCUGGACCCCCUGGAUUACCUGGACCUCCAGGACCAAAGGGUCCCAAGGGUGAACCAGGAAAGAAUGAAAUGGUAGAUUACAAUGGCAAUAUCAAUGAAGCUUUACAGGAGAUACGAACCUUGGCUCUUAUGGGACCUCCUGGACUACCUGGUGUCGCAGGUCCUCCAGGACUACCUGGACAGAAGGGUGAAAUUGGCCUGCCUGGUCCUCCCGGACAUGAUGGAGAAAAGGGUCUUGAUGGCCUAGCUGGAGAAAAAGGUGAUCAGGGGGUGCCAGGACCUCUAGGCCUAACAGGUCCAAUCGGACUUCCAGGAUUAACAGGAGAGAAAGGAGAACCUGGAGCAAAAGGAGACACUGGAGAUUCAGUAAGAGGGCCCCCAGGGCCACAAGGCCCACCAGGAACACCAGGUCUUCAAGGUGGUCGAGGACCUAAGGGGGAAGCAGGCAUUUCUGGAAUGAAAGGCGAAAAGGGUGCCCAGGGAGAAAAAGGAGACCGAGGUCCUCUGGGAUUGCCCGGUGCUUCAGGUUUAGACGGCAGGCCUGGCCCACCGGGUACUCCGGGACCAGUUGGAGUUCCAGGGCCAGCAGGACCAAAAGGAGAGAGGGGAAAUAAAGGAGACCCUGGAACAGCAGGACCAAUAGGACCAGCAGGACUUCCUGGCUCACAAGGCUCACCAGGUGAAAAAGGAAACCGGGGGGAAAGGGGCAAGAAAGGCUCUAGGGGGCCUAAAGGGGAUAAGGGAGACCAAGGAGCACCUGGAUUAGAUGCACCCUGCCCAUUGGGGGAAGAUGGCUUGCCAGUUCAAGGAUGCUGGAAUAAGUGAAGAUUUCUAACCAUGGACUGCCCUGUGUGUGGUCAAACUCCUUGGCUGAUAGCCAAAUAAUGAAACAAGUAAGAGAGUGGAGAUAUUUGUGGAAGGCCUACAGUGGUGACAGAAGAACAUCCUGCUUGAAGGUUUGCUGAAGAUAUUGAAUGAGUUGCCUCCAAGGAGCACGGAAGUAUUCUUGAGCCACGCACACCAGAGUUUUGUUCCUGAACAGUGGACCUGGUGAGGCUACAGAAGAUGAACACCCCAGUGGUUUUUGCUCUCUCCUUCCAGAGGUCGGCACCAGUGCCAGAUGUGAGAGAAACUGGCUUCUGUUUCAUCAUUUUUCUUUUUCAUUCAAUUCAGUCUGUUCUGAUAAUAGGAGCCUUCGUCCAAAAAUCUUGACAUGACAUGCAGCAGCUGAUGUGAAGAAGAGCAUUAGGACAUAAGACAACUUUUUCUGGUUGUUGCUUUUUUCAGAAGAGGGGCUAUUUUUCUCAUAUUUCUAAGCAAUAAACUUGAAUAUUGAUUCUGAAAAGCAGCUCAGUGAAGAUACAGCAACACUUUGCCAUCUUUCCUGGUUGCCCAGUGAUAAACAUUCAUUUACUCACGUGAUGAUUCCAUCCUUAACCUUUUCAUGGCUUCUCUUCAAAAGCUACCGUUUAUUUUUCUGCAAGAAAGUUAUUAUCCUUUUGGUGUACUAGAAGUUACUUUUAAAUUUGAUAAAUGUUUGAUUUCUUUUUUACAUUUUAGUUCUACUCAUUUUCACAUUUUUCAUACUAGAAACACAUUUGUCAUGAAGUAUUUGCUGCCAUGAUAAAACUCUGUUCAAUUUCUCUAGGUCCCCUUUUCAGUGGAACUACCCCAGUGCUAAAAACAUAAGGGUACUGCUUUAACAGACUAUACAAGUUUAUGGGACAAAAGAUUAAGGGGGGGAUAUAACUUUCCAAUAAUCUGCUGUCAAUUUUAAUGACAACUUCCCCCCUUUUGACUUUUUGAUAGUUUUGUAAUAUCAUCUGAGUUAUUUAAGAAGUCUCAAGUGGAUGCAAUGUAGUCCCAGUAACUUACUAUUUUGUCAACUAGAUUUAAAACUUCUACCGAUUCCUGUA